AGACGUCCAGCACAGAGGCCUACGCUCCGAUCAGCCUCGUGUCUGAAAGUGGCGAACACUUCUGCGAACCGGUUCGAGUACCAGGAGUACCAGGUGUCUUCGAACGAGCAAACGUUCUUCAGAAAAUCGAAGAUGGAGAGAAAAUACCAAACUGCACUCAGGACCCUUUGCUGGGAAGCUCAUUACAAAGAGCCACUGACAUCGAGAAAGUCCUGCUCAGUUUGCCUCGAUUCUUCAGAACAUACCCUCUCUGGAUCCAUAAAGACAAGACCUGUGGUCAGAAUUUUCAGGUCAAUGCUUGUUGGACUUUUGGAAGUAUGGUGGAAGGACUAAAAGCUUUCCCUUUUCUCAACGUGACCCCACCUCUACAUCUGAAGGACCUGGGAUGUAGCGGCAGUUGCCUGGUUCUGCUCAGUGAAGACAACCUUGGCAUUUAUCUGAAUAAAGUCAAAUGCGCUGGAGAUAUGAUCUCUGUGAUGGAUUGUCUGGAGGGAAAAGUGAAAAAUCUGGAUGUGAAUUUGCUGGCGGCCACCACUGGGCACCAAAGAGACGACCAAUCGUUUGUCACAACCAGGACGCCAGACGAGGCGAUAAUGGUGUUGGUAGACACAAGCUCCUCCAUGGAAGAAGACUGUUACGGAAGCACGGGAAUAAAGAAAAUCAACGCUGUGAAAGAGCUCUUUGACAACUUUGCCACCAGGAGCAUAGCGUACGACUUCCACCACGUCAUUGGCCUCGUGAAGUUUGACUCCAUGGUGAAAACCCUCCACACGUUCACAGAAAAUCUGGAGAAGUUCAAGGUGCACAUGCGUAACAUUGAGGCGAGUGGUUGUACUCUGCUUUAUGACGCACUGCGACGUGGAGCGACUGAGCUGGAAAGAGUGAAGACGAGGUUCCCAGACUGUCGACUCCGCAUCCUGUGUCUCACUGAUGGAAAUGAUUCGGGAUCCUCAAUUGAACCAGUCGCUGUCACGGCCAAACUGCUCAAAUCAGACAUCGUUGUGGAUUCAAUCCUUCUUGGAAAUGUGGAGAACAACAUGCUGCAUGGAAUCAGCAGUGCUACAGGCGGCUGCUGCUUCAAACCCCAGACGACCAAAGACGGUCUGAGGCUCUUUGAGAUCGAGACAGUUCUGUCUUUGGCGCAGAGGAAACCCAAGAAAAAACUCGACCCGUCCACCAUCAGUGAAUCCGUGUUAACAGGCAUGUUUGCUGAUCGUGGAUAUGAUGAGUCUCCAGAAACGUCUUUGCCAACUCAAAUAAACAGCAAAGUGACCAUGACAGAGAGUGCCCUGAAGAAGAGGAUCCGUGAGUCAAAGGUCAGGGAUUUAAUGGAGAAGGACAAACGUAUCCUGGAGGAGCUCAAGAGUCUCCACUGUGACCCACAUCCCUUCUUCAGAGUCUUUCCAUCCGAGUCAGACUUCACGUUCUGGAGGAUCCUCAUGCAAGGCCCUCCGGACACACCGUAUGCAAAAGGAGUGUUUGAGCUGUACUGCCAGUUUGGUGCAGAAUACCCAGUGAAGCCUCCGCUCGUCCGCUUUGUCACACGAGUGUAUCACUGCAACGUCAAUAGCGUGGGCCGCAUCUGUCACAGCAUAUUCACCCGCAGCUACAACGCCCACAUCACCAUGAGAGACGUCUUUGAUGCUGUGUACGGACUGCUCAUCAUCCCCGAGCCUGACGAUCCACUGGACAGCAUUUUAGCCGAAGAGUUCCUGACGAGCCGUGAGAUUUAUGAAUGGGAAGCCAAGAAACACACAGAAGAACAUGCUGGAAAGUCACUGGACGAGAUGGAGAGGAAACUGGUGGAACAUGUGCUGCAGUUUAUACCCCAGCAUCUGAUCUGUCCUCUCACCAAGAAGAUGUUUGUUGAUCCUGUGAAAACUGUGUAUGGCAGCGUGUACGAACGCAAGGCCAUUGAGGAGCACCUCAAACAACACCGCUACGAUCCACUGGCCGGCCCAGGACACGAGCUAGAAAUGAGCGACUUCGUUGCAGACUGGGACAUGAAGAAAAUGGUGAAGGAUCAUCGGUCUCGGCAAAUUCAGUGAAUCUGUGCGUUCGUUAGAGGACUCGUUAGAUACGCACUUUCUAGAGUUGUACGAGACACAUGAAUGCUAGUUUGAGUUGUGUUUGGGACUCGCAAAACAAAAGUUAUUGUAAGUUGUCAGUGCUUCAACACUAAUGUCUGGACGUCUGUUUAAGGAGUUUUGGGUGAGUUUGUUUGUUCAGCGUUCAUGACAUUUUAUUUUAUAGUUAUCAUUUAUUACGUGAUAUAAUGCUUAAUGUUUAUUAAAAAUAAAGUGACUUAAGGAGCGUAGUGAUAAACAUAAUGUAAGACGUGUGCGGGUGCUUUUAAGUUUUCCUUUAUUAUUGGUAAAUAUACAUUGUUAUAUAUAUUUUCCAAUUUCACUACCGUCCAGUUCUGAAUGAAGGUUUACUGACAGUUUUCUUGCUUGUAAUAAACAGAAUAAAGUGUGAACAAUGA